GUUCUUCACACGAUUACCUAAACUUUUCCUGAGGAAGAGAAGACUCCGUAAAUCAUAAGCCUUUGUUGCGUUACUACCUAAAGUUUCUAAAAACUUACGAAAAUGGCAUCCAAAACUCUCGUCGCCCCCUUUAUUCGUCAUGUUACGAUCAGGGGCUACGCCCAAGCUGCGCCGGCAGUAAAGAAAGAUGUUAGGAUCCAAUCAAGUGUUUUACCUAACAAGACGUUCGUAGCUGCUUUAGACAACGGUUCCCCAGUUACCCGUGUCACAAUCGCCUUCAAAGCUGGCUCUCGUUAUGAACCACAAGCUGAAUUGGGAUUGUCGCAUGUACUACGAUCAGCUGCUGGACUAACAACCAAGAAUAUUAGUAGUUUCCUUAUUCAACGCAAACUCUCUCAGAUUGGAGCAUAUGUUAGUGCUUCUGGAGACAGAGAAUUCAUCUAUUACACUUUGGAAGCAACACAGGACAAAUUGAAUGAUGCACUGGAGAUCCUGAAUAACUUAGUUUCAAACCAAGAGUUCAGACCAUGGGAACUCAAUGAUAAUGCUCCUCGUCUGAAAUAUGAUAUUAUUUCUCUACCACCCCAAAUUCGUGCUGUAGAUUUGCUCCAUAAGGCAGCCUAUCGUCGUGGACUGGGUAACUCGCUCUUCAUCUCGCCAAAGAGGAUUAAUGAUAUUUCAUCAGAGUCUCUUCAGCUUUUUGCAAGCCAGAACAUUACUCCUAGUCGUUGUGCUGUUACUGUAAUUGGUGAUUCUCAGGAAAGGGCUGCAUUGAUUGUUCAAAACCUAAAAUUGACCUCAUCAGAUGCUUCUCAGGCUGAAGCAUCUACUUAUUAUGGUGGAGAAUUAAGGAAGGAAAUUGGAGGGGAUUUGGCUCAUGUUGCCCUUGCUGUCCAGGGCGCCCCCGCCGGCUCACCACAAGCUCUUGCACUAGCCGUUGCUGCAAAAGCACUCGGCAACGGUCCCGUAACAAAGUGGGGGGCCGAUAACUCUCCUCUAGCAAAGGCCAUCGGCAACAUCGGCCCAUUCGCAGCGGCCGGAUUCAACGUUAGCUACAGCGACAAUGGACUAUUCGGCGUUGUUCUAUCUGUACCUAAAGACGAAGCUAAAGUCGCCGUAAAAGCUGUAGCUAAGGUCUUAAAAACCUCACUGAGUGCGGACGCUAUCAAAGCGGGCAAAAAUCAGUUGAAGACACAAGUGUUAAAUGAAGCCGACACAGGAUCGUCGCUUGCCGAAUCAUUAGCAGCGCAAGGCUUAUACACCGGCUCUGUUCGCUCUGCUGUUGACAUCGCCAAGGAUAUCGACCAGAUAUCCAAUAAUGACAUCUCGCAGGCUGUCUCGAAUGCGGCAAAGAACAAGAUUUCAAUUGGCGCUGUUGGAAACUUAGCAUUUGUUCCCUAUAUAGAUGAAUUGUAAACUCGGUAUUAAAUCUUAAUUUAUUCCUUAAUCUGUUACCUACCUUAAUAAAUCAACAAAUUAGAAACAAUAUGGAUUGUAAUUUAUUGUUUUAAUAAA